UUCCAGAUUUCUUCCAGUCAGUAAACACGUUCGCUGCUUGUCUUUGUUAGUUUCUUUAAGAUUUUACCCUCGCUUGUUGAACUUGGACAAUCAAGAUGCGUUUCCUCAAUAUUAUUAUCUCUAUUAUGGCCUUUGCUGCUUCGGCUCUAGCCCUUACCAUCACCCAGCCCCGAACUAACGAUCAGGUGGACUUUAGCAAGCCCUACACUAUCAAGUGGACUACCGCUGGAUCCGACCCAACCGAGUUCAGUCUUGUACUAGUUAAUAUGAACAGCCAGCCUAGUGUUAGCAAGAAUAUCGGCAAUGUGAAGACCUCAGCGAACGAAUAUACUAUUAAUAAAAUCACAGGGAUCCCGGUUGCUUUUGGCUACCAAUUCAAUGCCAUCUCCAACACCACGACGAACACCGGAAUCCUAAGCCAGUCCUCGCAGUUUAAUGUGACUGCGGUUGGCAAGGUCGAGACAACCACUUCUAGUACUACCAGCGCCACCCAGACCGCAGCUGCCGCGACCUCCUCGUCCGCAGGAUCUGCCUCGAUCCCGCUUUCGAUUUCCGGCCCCAUUGCCGUCGUCGGCGCGCUCGCGAUACGCUCUCUCGCCGUUCUCCUGUAAGCAUGAAUCAGCAUCAGGUACGGUACGAUCAAAAAGUUGAGGGCCCGAAUCAAAACCGAUCUCCGACAAGACCGAUUCCCGCCUCCCCCAGUCCCUAAUAAACUCCCAUCCAUCAACCCCCCAUUUUCCUCUCCAUUGUCUAUGUUUUUUUCUUAGUCAUUACCGUCUCUAGCUACAGAUUCUACAACUUCCCGAGACCCAUAGGUGGAAGAGCUAGCUAU